AUGGAGCGGGCGCACCAGACGCGAAACCCCGACUGUCCCGCGGCUGCGCUGGCGUCUGCACUGGCUUAUUCAGCCGCCGGGCUAAUUCCAUCUCGGCUCAGCUCCGUCUGGACGUGCCCGCCCCUGCCUGCUGCUGCUGUCUCCUCCCCCAUCCCUCGCUGGGGCCACCCGGCCUCCUCCGGCUGCUGCGCCCUGGGCGCACCGGCCGCUAGUCGCGCCACGUGGAGGAAGAAGCGCGUUCCCGCCGGCGGGUUGAGUCUGGGUCACGCUCGGGUUAAUGAAGCUGAGGGGCCAGACCAUAAGACUGCGGCUCUCCCUGCCCCGAGCGCUGCCUCCUAA